AAUAGGAGCUUGUAGGUCUCCAGGCCAGAUUCAGUUAGUAGCAUCUCUCUCACUGGGGCCUCUUUACCCUGUCUCCCUGCCCAGUCAUUGCUGCUCCCCAACAAGUCUCACAGACCUGCACCCACCUGUAAUGUCUGGAAGCCACACCCUGUAUGUAGUUACUCAGGAUUCUUCUCUGCAGCUUCUGACUAGCCACUGCCACUGCCUCCCAAAAUCGCCCAGUCAAGUCCUAGUUCAGCAUCCUUCCUCCUACCUGGCCAGGAAGAAGAGGAUGCACAGUGGGAAGAGGAUGAUGGGAAAUUGUAAUUCAUGGAGGAAGAUGAGGAUCCUUGUACUUCUACUAUUUUAUCACUAUGCCACAAAGAAUGCCAAAAGUUACAGAACUUCAAAUCCUAACUUUAUUUUAAUCAUGGCUGAUGACCUUGGCAUUGGAGAUCUUGGAUGUUAUGGAAACAAAACUUUAAGAACCCACAAUAUUGACAAGCUAGCUAAAGGAGGAGUGACAUUUACUCAACAUAUAGCAGCAUCUCCACUGUGUACCCCAAGCAGAGCAGCUUUUCUGACAGGCCGAUACCCUGUCAGAUCAGGAAUGGCUGCAUUGUCAAACAUUGGUGUCUUCUUAUUUUCUGCCUCUUCUGGUGGACUUCCCACUGAAGAAAUAACUUUUGCGAAACUUUUGAAGCAGAAAGGUUAUUCUACAGCUCUUAUAGGAAAGUGGCAUCUUGGGCUGAACUGUAACAGCAGGGAUGACUUCUGUCAUCACCCCCUCAAUCAUGGAUUUGAUUACUUCUAUGGGCUCACCGUGACCAGUCUUAGAGACUGCAAACCAGGGGAAGGCAGUGUGUUUGUGGCAGGGGUUCGAGCAUACCUUGUCACUCCACUUCAGCUCAUCGGCAUUACCCUAAUCUCUUUGGAGGUGCUGUAUUAUAUUGGCCUCCUCAGAAUACCCCAUGGAGCACUGCGCUACUUCUUUUUAAUAUCUACAGUUUUAUUUGGACUUUUGCUCAUUUUCCUUUACACUUUUCGAUAUCUAAACUGCUUCUUGAUGAGGAACCACCAGAUUAUCCAGCAGCCACUGUCCUAUAAGAACCUUACUCAAAGAUUGACAGAAGAAGCUGUACAGUUUAUAGGAAGGAACACUGAUGCACCAUUUCUUCUUUUCCUGUCCUACCUUCAAGUCCACACUGCUCUAUAUGCAUCAAAGGAUUUCAAAGGAAAGAGCAAACAUGGCUUAUAUGGGGAUGCUGUAGAGGAAAUGGACUGGAGUGUAGGAAAGAUUCUGGAUGUGCUAGAGAAAUGGAAUUUGAAUGAUAAGACUCUUGUAUACUUCACAUCUGAUCAGGGGGCACACGUUGAAGAAGUCUCUAGCACUGGAGAAGUCCAUGGGGGGUAUAAUGGAAUUUAUAAAGGUGGAAAGGCUACAAACUGGGAAGGAGGUAUUCGUGUGCCAGGUCUUCUUCACUGGCCAGGAGUGGUACAGGCGGGUGUCCAUAUUGAUGAGCCUACAAGUAACAUGGAUAUAUUCCCUACAGUUGUUAAACUUGCAGGGAUACCAUUACCCAAAGACAGAAUUAUUGAUGGACAUGAUCUGAUGCCCUUGCUUCAAGGGAAAAUUCUCCGAUCCAAGCAUGAAUUUCUCUUCCAUUACUGUAAUGCAUAUUUAAAUGCAGUGCGCUGGCAUCCAGGAAACAAUUGGAUGAAGUCUCAAGAUAGAUAACUUCCUAUAUCAUGAGAGCAUAUGAAGUAGCCCAGGCUAUGUCUACUCAAGAGAUACAACUUCCUUCCACAAGAGCUCAGAAGACAUCAAUGGCAUUUUGAAAUGAUGUUUCUAUAUUACACAUGUUCAGGGUGGUCACUUGGUCCUUGUGCAUACUUUUGCAAACCACUAUGCCAUUACUACUGCCUCCAGAUCAGAUGCAAACUUUGGGAAGGCAAUCCUGCAGUCCUUCUUUAAAUAGACUCCAAGCCCCACCUCCUGCGAGUACUGCUUGAGAGUAAAUGGUAAUCUAUCUGUAACUGUUGUUCUUUGAGGUGUGAUGCAGAUGUGUAUGCCAUGGCCUGCCCUCUGUCCUCCUCUGUCUGUAUCAGAGUGUGUACUCCUGAAAUUCUUUACGGAGGAACUGAGGAGGGUGAGGCGGCACCUCUCUCAUAUGACCAGGGGAGGAGCUGCAGAUGCAGGGUAUGAGCGCCACCCCCAUGGGUACUGCAAGGCAAAGUUCUUCAGCUCUGGAGCAUGGUGUGAGCACACUCCCACAUGGAAUACAUAUCUGUAUCACAUUUUGAGAAACCACAGUUACAGAUAAGUAACCGUUUUUUGCUGGCACCCGAAGGGUCUGGCACACUAAAGGGGAUACUCCCAGGGGACUGGAUUCCAGGGGACCUGGGUUACUCCCAAGGGACUUUGGGGUAAGGACCAUCUUUUUGUUCUGUGUUUGUACAGCACCUUAGCACAAUGCAAUUCGGCUCCAUGACUAGGGCUGCUGCAAUCACAAAAUAAUUAGUAUUAAUUAAUAAUAGUAUAAGCCCUGUAAAUCCAUGCCAGGAUGGAUCUAGCAUGCCUAUCUGUGGAGGAAUCCUGGUGCUACAGCCAUAGCCUUAUUCUUUAUUCUAGUUGUUGAUUCCAUAGAGAAAAGGGUAUGUAGUAAUCCCUACAUCAAAUGAGACUUUACUAGCCAGAUGUCUUUAUAGAACAAAGAGAUUGUUAAUUACUGGGAGAUUAAUUUGAUCCUUGUGGCUAGCCCUCUGACAAAAUGAGAUUUUAUACCAGCUGAGAGAGGCAGAAAGAGUACUCUUCCUUUUAAUAUCCAGCCUUAUACAAUUUAUCAACUUUACAGAUUACAAGUCUGACAGCUCUUUAUGUCUACCAGCAUAUUAUAUUGGCUGUUCCACAGGCACAGGAUCUGAUAUGUUUUACUUUUUUAUAACGAUCUGGAAAUCAGUAGUUAGACUGCACUGCUGUCUUUCAGCAAUACAGCGAUGUUCCAGAAUCACACCAGAAUGCCACUGCAAUGAAAUGAAACAUCGUGAAACAAUAGCAGACUUUGCUCAGCUCAGUGUUUUGCCCAACACACCUGCUACACUAAGAAGCAGUGUAGCUGUUAAAUUAAAAUUAUUAUGAAGUGUUUAGAAAAGUAAGACUAGCCAAAGCCAGAAAAUUCAAAUGUAAUAUAGUGUCUCAUGUUCCAUCCUUAACUUAUGCAAUUGCAAGACAGUGAUUGCAAGCUGUGGCUGGGGUUUCAGUUUUAACACUGAAUGCCCUUAAUAUUGCUUGUUUGUAUUACAAACAGGGUGCUAUUUACUUAGUUUCCACGUCUUUUCUUUUUUUGCAAACAUAUGUAUUUACUUGAGCUACCCUAAAUAAAGGCUUUUAUUAUUCAGGACACUCUACUUAAUAUUUGUAUGGCUAAAUCCUUGAACUGGCAUCAGGCUAUGGUGCCCAACAAUGAUAGAAUUGGCUGCAGAUUUCUUUUCAAUGUCAUUCUGCACAAAUGCGCCAUCAAAGACAGAUGUGUGAUCAAGCAGCAUGACCUCCUCAAAUUCCCCACAUGAAUAUUUUUAUUGAAAUUCUUUCUCGUUGCUAUUUUGACAGCUAUGUAAAUUUUCAUUUUUCUUGACCUCUGUUAUCCAGCUGUAUCUUUACGUCAAAUGAUUUGUAAUACUAUGGGCCAGAGUCUCAGCUAGGGUAAAUCAGCAUAACUCCAUUGUGUGAUCCUAAACAACCUACAAUUCUCACAUAUCACUGAUUAAUAGAAUCCUUAGCUUUUCUCUUCCUUAUGCCUCCCCCAAGCCAUCUUGCCAGUUAAACACUUAAAAUUGCCUGAAGCAACACUUAGCACAGAACUAUCUACCUUUCCCAGUAUGCUUAAAUAAGUACCACAGUAAAUAGAGGCAUAUCCCUGCUCAGAGCAAUGGUCUGUGCAAAGACACAUAUAGAAGAAUUGUGAUUUAUUUAAAUCUGAGAAUAUUUUAGGAAGCAAAGCCACCAGUGUGCCUUUCAGAAUAAUGCUAGAAACACAGAGAAAGGUGAUUGCAUCCAUUUUGCAACAACUUGACAGCUCUGUAAGUCUGUGAAUAUCUGCAGUGGGAGUCAGGGAGUUCUCUGAAGAUUUUGAAGGUGCUGCUAUUUAUUGUCUGCACAAGCAAGUCAGUCUCAGGCUUGAAACAUCCUCUCCCUUUGCUGAGUUCUAAGCAACAUUCAGAGGUUCCCCCCUCCUUAUAUCUUUCACCCACCUGAUCCUGAUUAUUGAGUGUUAGUGCCGUCUAAGUGAACUGGAAGCCUCCAGGCUCUGUCAGAUUGUCACUGAAUAAGUUCCUAAAGGUAAUGUAUCUUGUACUGUGAAGAAUGAUGUAUGAUAGGGGAUGCUGGAAAGAAUCUUAAGGUUACUUUCUUUUAAAUCAGGCUGUAUAUUAUACCUUCAUUCUGUGGCUCUUUUUGCACUGGCACAGGUCUGUCUGAAAGACUAAUCUUAUCUUAAAAAGCCAAGUGUAAUGUAGUUAGCACAUUUAGAGUGAUACACCAGUUAUCUCUCCCCUCAUCCUAUUUCCUAAUGAUUUCCAUUGGGGGGCUUAAUGAACACCACAUUAUGUAGCCCUGCAUAUAAAUCAUGACAGCCAGUUACUGGAUUAACAAAGCUUGCUUUGAGCUCAAUGAAGCUCUUUUUACUGAGAUUAACUUUACCCUGAAAUGUGGAAAAUACCAAAAAAAAAAAAAAA